AUGGUUGGAGGGUUGUCUCCCGACGCAGAGUCUCCACCGCCUCCCUACUCUCGGCUGUCUCCUCAUGAUGAGCAAAAGCCACUGGAUCUAUCAGAUUCCACGUUGUCUUACACUGAAACAGAGGCUACGAACUCGCCCAACGUCACGCCCGGAGACUUCUCAGAUGCCAGUACAUCGCCCGAUGCCGUGAAGAGGAGCCAUUGGUGCAACGUGGCCUACUGGGAGCACCGGACGCGCGUCGGCCGCCUCUACACAGUGUACGAACAGUCUGUCAGUAUAUUUUAUGACCUACCUCAAGGAAACGGCUUCUGCCUCGGACAGCUAAACCUGGAAAACAGGAGCGAGACUGUGAGAAGGACUCGAAGUAAAAUCGGCUACGGGAUUUUACUUAGCAAGGAACCGGAUGGUGUGUGGGCUUACAACCGCAGCGAGCAUCCCAUCUUCGUCAACUCCCCGACACUGGACAUCCCCAACUGUAGGACUUUGAUAGUGCGCAAGGUGAUGCCGGGCUAUUCCAUCAAGGUGUUCGACUAUGAGAAGUCCUGCCUCCUGCAGCACACGGCCGAUCUGGAUUACGCGGACGGGCCCUACGACCCGAACAGCGUGCGGAUUAGCUUCGCCAAAGGCUGGGGGCCGUGUUACUCAAGACAGUUCAUCACGUCGUGUCCUUGUUGGCUGGAGAUUUUACUCACGCAGCCGGGCUGGCCGGGCGCCUUCCAGCUCCCUUCCCGGCUGGCAUCAGUGAAAGAGUUUUUGUGGGCUGAAAUCUGA